UUGCCUGAAAAAUAUUCAUAGAACAGCUGCUUGACAGCUAACCAAGACCAAACCACACCUUCCUUCCUGUUCGAAUCCGUAUCCGAAUCCUGUCCUCCUCCUUGCUCUUGAGCUUUCCCUGUUUCUUCAAGCAAUUCAUUUCUAUUCUCACACCUACGCACACCCCCUCAUUUUGUUUAUGUUUGCUCUGUUCUUAGAGAGUGAUUAAAAUUUCAUUUUCUUUGCAAAAUCCCAGUUUGCAAGGAAAGUCUUUCUUGCAACUACUCUGUGCAACGACGUCCCAACAAUCAGUGCCCUCUCCUCCUACCCAUUUUAGCAUUAUUGUUAUUAAGUAGAUAUAAGUUUCCAUACUUGUUUCUGGAAAAGAAUUGGGCUUUUCUUGAUAAAUUGGAUUCAGUGGAGAAGUGGGUGUUGGGAGCUGUGGAGAAAUGAGGAAUCGGAGAUGGGUUUUUGCUGUGCUUUUGUUUCUUGCAUUGUGUUUGAGGAUUGAAGCUUUCAAAUUCCAUAGAACUCAGCGAACUGAGAGAAUCUCCGGUAGUGCUGGUGAUGUCUUGGAAGAUGAUCCUGUUGGAAGGUUAAAAGUUUUCGUUUAUGAACUUCCUAGCAAGUACAACAAAAAAAUUUUACAGAAGGACCCAAGAUGCCUCACCCAUAUGUUUGCAGCAGAGAUUUACAUGCACCGCUUCCUUUUAUCGAGCGCUGUUCGUACUCUUAAUCCUGAAGAAGCCGAUUGGUUUUACACACCCGUCUAUACUACUUGUGACCUAACGCCGAAUGGCCUCCCGUUGCCAUUCAAAUCACCACGUAUGAUGAGGAGCGCUAUACAACUAAUCUCUUCCAACUGGCCUUACUGGAAUAGAACUGAAGGGGCUGAUCACUUCUUCAUCGUGCCUCAUGAUUUUGGCGCAUGCUUUCACUAUCAAGAAGAGAAAGCUAUUGAGAGAGGAAUUCUUCCAUUACUCCAGCGUGCUACUUUGGUUCAAACGUUUGGACAGCGAAAUCACGUUUGCUUAAAGGAUGGUUCAAUUACAAUUCCUCCAUAUGCGCCUCCACAGAAAAUGCAGGCCCAUUUGAUUCCUCCUAGCACUCCUCGGUCCAUCUUCGUUUACUUCCGAGGUUUGUUUUAUGAUGUCGGAAAUGACCCUGAAGGUGGUUAUUACGCGAGAGGUGCACGGGCAUCAGUGUGGGAGAACUUUAAGGAUAACCCUCUCUUUGAUAUCUCAACCGAGCACCCAACGACCUACUAUGAAGACAUGCAGAGAGCUGUUUUUUGCUUGUGUCCACUUGGAUGGGCUCCAUGGAGUCCCAGACUAGUUGAAGCCGUCAUCUUCGGUUGUAUUCCUGUUAUUAUAGCCGAUGACAUCGUCUUACCAUUUGCCGAUGCUAUUCCAUGGGAAGAAAUUGGUGUUUUUGUAGCAGAAAAAGAUGUUCCAAAGCUGGAUACAAUUCUCACCUCAAUUCCAAUAGAAGAAAUACUAAGAAAGCAAAGAUUACUCGCCAACCCGUCGAUGAAGCAGGCCAUGUUAUUUCCACAACCUGCUCAGCCUGGGGAUGCUUUCCAUCAAAUCUUGAAUGGACUUGCUCGUAAGUUGCCCCACGAUGCGAGUGUUUACUUGAAACCGGGUGAGAAGGCCUUGAACUGGACUGCUGGUCCGGUGGGUGACCUAAAACCCUGGUAAGCCGAAAAGGGUCGAGCUCACCUGUAUCAGACCCAUGCUUGUUCUGAAAGUAUCUAUCAUUCUACAAAGUGUACAUUUGAAAUAUGAAAACUGAGAACCCUUUUGCAGCUCUAGCCUCUGGUUGUAGUUAGACAAUAGAGAUUGUGAUUGAUCUGGAAACAGUUAUGAGUCUUUCAUGGUCGAGUUACUGUGCCACUUGAUUUUUGUAGCAAGAACAAAAUGUUACUUCAUCUUUCAAUGCUGAAUUCAGCAUGUGUAUGUAGCUGGAA